GGCCGCUCCCGGAGCCGCCCCAGCACCGCCCGUGCGGCGUUUAGACCUCGUAAGGUUACGGAGCCAAAGCAAAGGAUGUGGUUAUUCCAGUACAUCGUUUUUAUGUGAAGCGUUUUAUCAGGUCACUCCUAACUCAGAGAACCUCCUGAGCUGUAGGGACCCACAGGGACCAUCCAGUCAACCCCUGCCCUGCACAGACACCCCAACAAUCCCACCCUGAGCAUCCCUGGCAGCGCUCUCCAAAGGCUCCUGGAGCUCUGGCAGCCUCGGGGCCGUGCCCAUUCCCUGGGGAGCCUGGGCAGUGCCAGCACCCUCUGGGGAAGAGCCUUUCCCUAAAUCCAACCUAAGCCUCCCUGGCACAGCUCCAGCUGUUCUCUCGGCUCCUGUCCCUGGUCACAGGCAGCAGAGACCGGAGCUGGGUCUCAGGAGGAGCUGCAGCUCCCAGUGAGCUCUGACCUUGGUCAGAAGAGGCCAAGUGCCCUCAGCCACCCCCGGUGUGGCCCCUCCAGGCCCCAGCCCCUUCCAUCCAGAUACAUUCAGGGAUGUUUUUCAGCCUGGCUGUGCUCAGGAGCUCCCAGGAACAGUGCACUGCUCUGAGAGAAGGGUUUGUGAUCCAGCUGGCACUUGUCCACCCUGUUCCUAGGUUACAGGGCAUGCAUCUCAGCUUAAAACAUCCUGAGGAAUAACACGAGUGUCCGGCAAGAGGCAAGGAUUGCAUUUUCAGGGUUGCUCUUACAUCUCUGCCAUACAUUAACACUCAUGUUUUCAGUCCCAAGGCAGUCCUUGAGCUGUGGGACCCCAGAGUGAUUGGCACAGGCAUCAGUUGUGCAAUUCUCUUUCUGAGGGCACUGAAGUACUAUGAAGCAAAGUAGUGGGUCGGAGUUCUGAGCUGGCUUAAAAGGCACCACUGACAUGGCUAACAGAACAAACUCCUCUGAGUAUUUCUGGUCUUAUGAAUAUUACUGGGAUUACAUAGAUCCGAUUCCAGUAGAUGGAAGCAAGUUGAAGGUUAAUAAAUACUCCAUCGUCAUUGCCUUUUGGGUUGGCCUUGCUGCGUUCGUGACGUUUCUUUUCCUUAUUUUGCUGUGUAUGUCCUGCUCGGGAUCAACGCCAGCAAAGAAUUCAGCAGGGGUUUGGGUGAGCAACUCUCUGUCAAUUAGUGGAAUUCCUCUGGAAUGCACAAUUCCAUUCAUUACUUCUUCCACCUGUCAGUAUUGGGUUUGUCUGUCUACCAGCAGACACACAGUUUGUUGGUAAAGAUGCCUCCUUCUCAUUCCUUUCAGCACGACUACGAACGGGAGCGCGGGGUCGGGCCGGAGCUCAUUAGGCAGUGACUGCACUCGCGCUAAUUAA